AUGGCAUCACACUCCCAUCUACCCAAGGACUUCUUCAACGAUGUCUUUGAGAUCCAGGUGAAAGCGCAAGACCUCGUCGCAGAGCCCCUCCUGCCACACCAAUCGUCUCAGAUGGACAAAGAUCAGGAAGCCUCGUCUAAUUGGAGUCCCAUUACUAUGGUUGACAGCGACGUUGAGACACAGCUUCGACUGCUCAGAUCUGUACGCGAGCUGGAGGAAAAGCUGGCGACCGCGAGAGCUGCCUUGAACCGGGCAAUGAAGAAACCUCAUUCGACGCCUACCCACGUAGAGCCGCCAGACGCACCAGUCGCGAACGAGGGUUCACAGAAAAAAUCAGUGCUCAGCAAGGAUGACUACAAGGGUCUGGUCGACCUUUAUUACUACAGCCAACGCAAUCGCUUCUCGCCCGACGGCCCGGACUAUUCACCCUCGCUCAUGUUCAUCAACGACUACGAAGCUGAGUUAUCGAAACUGGACAAGACGAGAUCGCAUGAUAAUAAGCCUCGUACCACAGAAGCCGAAGAUCGGACUCAGGUAUCCUCGGACACCGAAGAUCUGUACGAAAAUCCUUUGAAAGAGAUCGAGAAGGUGCUCCUGAGGAACCAGACUCGCGAGAUCCGCACCAUGCAAGCAUUCGUUGACCUUCUCCUGGAGGACAACUCUUCGAAUCGAGACUUGUACCAAGCGUACAAACAAUUUCCAUAUCCUGGCGUUUCUUGGUUGCCCAAAGGCUUGCAGCGAUUGUUCCUUCAGCGGAUGGGAACACCAUGGAAGAGAUCGCGCAAGGGCAUGAUACGGUAUCUAUCGCUCAUUGACGACAUGCAAGAAGCUAAGCAGCCCAUCACGUCCGGCGAGUGGUCUUCAGCAAUAUAUCUUGCUGGUCGGUCGCUCAGAAUGCAAUCGACGGACCAAUAUCUUGAGGGACGGUCGCUCAGGACGAGAUCGACAGAUCAAGUUGAUGCAGCCAUCGUGAUCUGGCGAAAGAUGGAACAAGACGCCGGUGUUCGUGGUACCCAUGUCACGUUCAACAUACUAUUCGAUAUUGCUGUCCGGGCUGGUAAAUAUGCGCUCGCAGAGAGCUUUCUCAAGGAAAUGUACGCUCGUGGCUUGCGUCUCAAUCGAUUGGGUCGCGUCAGCAUGAUGUACUAUCAUGGUCUGCGUGGAGAUGGAGAUGCUGUCAGACGUACUUACAGAGAUUUCGUGGAAGCAGGCGAAAUUGUCGACACGCUUGUCUUGAAUUGCGUCAUCGCAUCUCUCCUCAAUGCUCAGGAGCCGGACGCUGCAGAGCAGACAUAUGGGCGCAUGAAGGAUCUGCAAGCAAGACUCCGGACAGGACAAAGAGCUGACGGCAGCGAUACGUUCUAUCUUAGGUACCCUGGUGGGGAGCCGAGCACGAUCGAACGAGAGGCUGCAUCAAACGCGCUCGGGCGCAUGCUGAAAUCUGCAGCUCAUCUCAAGCAGAGGCUGCCAGACCACCAUGCUGAUCUGCAGCAACUAAUGCCCCUCCGACCAGACCAUGUCACGUUUCGGGCAAUGGUGGCCUACCACGCGAAUGUCUCCGGUGACCUAGACAGGAUCACAGUGCUGCUGAAGGAGAUGACCGAGGAUUUUGACCUCCCGAUUCGCCCUGUCAUGUAUCAGCUGCUGUUCAAGGGCUUCGCGCUUCACGGCAAACCAAAGCGUGCCCACGCCAGGUGGAACUUGUCGCGGCUGCACAUGACCUGGACCGCUUGCCAGCAGGCUUUGAAAGAAGCUAAGAAAGUAAGGAUGGCAGCCGCUAUGGCACGUACUGAAUCCUAUGACGAUGACGAGCCCACAUUGCCCAAAUUGUCGGAGGUGCGCAAAGUUAAGACCUUGCAGCCAACAGGCGUAGAGGGAAAUGCGAGGACGAAGGAGCCUGGCGUGUGGGACAGCUUUACACAAAGCCUGUCGCCUGCUGCUACAGAGCCAAAUCAUGGGAUCGAGAGAGUAAACUCUCACUUGUUUGACGAAGAGCCACGGGUCAAGACGCCAGGAAUCAUUCAGAAUGCGUUCUUUCCACAACAACUUGAAGACAACCCCCCAGACUUCGAGACAAAGGAGCGUCAUUACUACCUAGCCUCGACACAGCCAUCGAUCACGAAGAGGGCGAAGAACGCAGGGAAGAAUGCAGAGUUGCGAGAAGACGCUGAUGCAACAGCGUCCGACCAGAGCCCUCUAAUCGACGCAGACGAAGUACAGGACGCCCGAGUGGAACGAGAUGAUGAUAAGCUAGACCAUGAGCACGACGAGAACACCCGGUCGAACCCCGACGACUACGCAGACUACGUGGCUUCACUCAGCUUCACCGCCAGCUACCCAUGGUAUGGUCACGACGAUUAUGUGCUGUCAAAUACGGCGAGCGAUACCAUUGUGUAG